AUGGCGCACAGCUGUCGGUGGCGGUUCCCCGCUCGGCCCGGUGGGAUCAACAACGCGGGCAGCGGGAGGAGAGCGGGCCGGAUACGGGUCACUGCUUCUCUCCGAACUGGCACCGGGUCUCACUCGAACGCGUACGGUCUCGGGCCGGGGUUUGAUGCUGCGCUGCAAGUCUCCGCUGCCAUCGGCAACAACCUGCAGAAAUUUCGGGAUGUUUUUGGGGAGGAAAGUGGCUCCAGCAGCGGGGAGGAGGAGCCGUUUUGUGGAUUCAGAACGCACAGUGAGAACAGAAGAACACAGAGCUCAGCUAGGACCUCAGCAGCCAACUCUGUGCAGGAAAAGAAACCCAGAGGUCGCCCCCCCAGGGCUCUGACGACACAGAGAUCACCAGCGGGUGUCCACCUCUCCACACCUCCAGCCACUUCCACCUAUGGCAAGCCUGAGGGAGGCGGCGGGCCCCCAGAAAAGGCCAAACGACCUCCCGGGAGGCCACCAGGGUCCGGGGAAAAGAGGAGAGGCCGCCCCCCAGCCUCGGGCAGCCACAGGAGCCAUGGUGGGCCUGAGGACAGUCGGGAGGUGGCACAGCAGCUCGGCCUGGCAGCGGCCGAAGAGGAGAAGCGAAGGAAGGCGGUUAGGCGGGUGCCCCUGGGAUCGGUGCAGCAGGGCAUAGCCAAGCUACCCAGGGGGCCUAGAGCGGGCCGAGUCUCCAAGAUCACCAAAGUGAAGCGCCUGCGAGCGGUGAAGCUGGCCCCACUGAAGUCCAGGCUCAAGGUGGCUGGGAGGAAGGGGAUCCCAGGCCCAGUUGGGCCGAGGCGGAGGCGUGGACGGCCACCUUCGGUUGAACGACUCAAAGCGGAGGCGGCUGCAGCCGCUGCCACCCAGAGCUCCACUCCCUCCAUACUCCAAACGCCCCUUCCGGAGGCCAAACAGAAGGCCUUUCGUCUACGGCGGGACAGAGACCCCGCCCCCAUUGCUGCUCAGCCCCUCCCUCUCAGGGCCUCCCACGUCGCAGAUGCCGUCCCUGCCCCGGCUCCCUGCGGCUCACUGCCUGCCCCGCUGUCAGCCCCGCCCCCCAGGCCUGGGCGGCCGGUAGCUGUGCGGCAGAGCCCGCGACGCAUCAAGCCAGUGCGUGUGGUGCCGCCCUCCAAGCGCACCGACGCUACCAUCGCCAAGCAGCUGCUGCAGCGUGCCAAGAAGGGGGCGCAGAAGAAAAAGCUGCUGGAGAAGGAGGUGGCCGGCGCAGGGGGGGCCGGGGGUGUGGCCAGUGCCGGCGGGGAAGCGGGCAGCCGUCGGAGGAGGCGGACCCAGCUGAAGAACAUCCGGCAGUUCAUCAUGCCAGUGGUGAGCACUGUCUCCCUGCGCAUUAUCAAAACCCCCAAGCGCUUCAUCGAGGACGAGGCCAGCUUUGGAGCUCCACCCCCGCACCUCAAAAUGGCCCGGCUGGAUGCGGUGCCCUCGGCCCCGGCCUCCCAGCCCUCCACUGCCUCUUCCUCGUCCCUGGUCACACCCAUUCCUUCAGCAGCAUCGGCAGUGGCAGGUGUCCCUGCUAGCGUGCCCCCCGCUCCGCCCCCCUCGGCCCCGGGCACUGCAGCCGUGGCCGCCGCUGGCCUGCUCCACAGCAGCAGCUGCAACAACAGCACCAGCAACGGGCGCUUCAGCAGUAGUGCGGCCUCUUGCGGCUCCAGCGCCCUGUCCCAGCACUCCUCUCAGCUGUCCUCGGGGGACUCAUCCCGCUCCAGCAGCCCCAGCCUGGACUCGUCCUGCGACUCCCAGGCCUCAGAGGGCACGCCGGUCCCGUCAGACGAGCCAGAUGCUUCACCUUCGUCCCAGGGCGGGCGGGAGGCGGGCCUGCUCCACCCAUCGCGUCCACCAUCACCCCCCUCAGAGCCAGAGCAAGUCGUGCUGUCGGAGAGGGGCAGGAGGGGCCGACGUGGCCAAGCAGCAGGCAGGGCCGCGCCGACUGCCGGUCUGGCUGACGGGCGGAAGAAGUCUAUCAUCAGCCCGGCCACGGGAGCACUGCUGUCGUCUUCCUCUCGGGCCGGCUCACAGCAGGCCUCCUCCACUGCCUCCUCAUCUUCCUCUCCGCCCCCGCCCCCGCUCCUCACCCCCCCGCAGCCUGCCCCCUCCUCUGCCUCGGCCAUCAGUGAGCACCACCCCCACUCGUCAUGGAUCAUGCCCCCCCACCCCAUCGCCCCGUUCAUCCCUGGCCCCGUGCUGUCGCCUCUGCAGGAGAAGCGCCACUCCAUCCUGAGGGAGCCCACCUUCCGCUGGACAUCUGCGUCCCGCUCCGAGCACCGCUACUUCUCCUCCGCCAAGUACGCCAAGGAGGGCCUCAUCAGGAAGCCUGUUUUUGACAACUUCCGCCCCCCUCCGCUUACCGCUGAGGAUGUGGGCCUGCUGCCCCCCAGCGCGGGCGCCGGGGGUGCUGGUGGGGGCACCCCAGCCGCCUUUCCCAGCCCGGGCGUGGGUGUGGGGGCAGGCGGCAGGCUCUUCUCUCCACUGCACCAUUCCCCCCACCCACACCCCCACCCGCACAGACUGCCCUCGUCCCGCUUCGAGUCGCCGCUGCACAAGCGCAGCCCCCUGCUCCGUGCCCCCCAGUUCACCCCCAGUGAGGCGCACUCCCGAAUCUUUGAAUCAGUCACCCUGGCGUCGUCCCCGGGGAGCAGCUCAGGCUCGGUGUCCUCGCUGCACUCGGCAUCGGCGGGUGGCCGGACGGCGCGGCGCAGUGGUAGGAGGAGGCGUGUCUUUGGGCCCUUGCGUGGCCAGCCCCGCUCACCCUCCCACUCCAUGACCACUCGCAGCAGCCAGGCGGGCAAGGGUGCCUCCGAGCUCUCCCCGCUGUCGGGCCACGCCUCCGCCGGCUCCAGCCCGCUGCCGGGGGUGGCAGUCAGCCCCCUCGCCGCCAGUGCCUUAACCCCUACCCCGUUUGGCACCUUCCCGCCGGGCUCGCUGGGCUUCCCGCCGGAGGGCCCCGCCGAGUCCUACCAGCCUGCAGGUCGCAGAGCUGCAGGGGGAAUGGUUGCGGGAGGGGACUCCCCCUCCUCCUCACCGCUCUUCCCCCUCUUUACCCCUGGCCCCCAGGCCACUGGUGGGGCAGGGGCCGUAGGGAGAGGAGGGAGAGAGAGGUCCAUGUCAGCCUCACGGGACACCGUCUCCAGGGAGAAGGACAGGGAGCCGGAGAGGCCCAGAGAGCGCGAGAAGGAGAAGGAGAACAAGAAGGAUGGGCGCAAAGAGCAAGACAGGAGAGGGAAAGGCGAGGCCAUGGAGGGUGCCUCUGGGACGUCGCCCGGCUUCUUUGCUGUGGAUGGGAAAGAACCUGAAGAUUCUUCCAUUUCCCUCGCUCCAAAAAAGCCUCUGGGCCGGAAAAAAUCCAUAGCUGCCAACCUUGGGGCAGAGGUAAAUUUGGUUGCGGGGUCUGUGGACAGGGGCACCCUCCAGUCCUCCGCCACCCUCCCUGCCGGGCCCAAGGGCCGUCUGUCGAAAAAAGGUCGGCCUGCGGACAGGGCCCAGGACACAGAGGCAGGAGAGAGCGAGAAGGAGAGAGCCAGCGGCCAGGCCCAGCAGAUUGUCCAGCCCGGGCCGCCCCGAAAGCAGCCCCCCGUGGCCUCGCUGGGGUCGAUGCUGGCCCAGGCUGAGAAACAGCAGGUGGCUGACAAGCGGGUGGCUGGGCUUCUGAAGAAGGCCAAAGCCCAGCUUUUCAAGAUCGAGAAGAGCAAGUCCCUGAAGACAACGGAGCAGGCCAAAGCACAGGGGCAGGAGAGCAGUGGCUCGGAGGCAGCGGCCAGAGGCCCUCGCAUUAAGCACGUGUGCCGCCGAGCUGCAGUGGCACUGGGCCGCAACCGGGCGGUGUUCCCUGAUGACAUGCCCACCCUCAGUGCCUUGCCAUGGGAGGAGAGAGAGAAGAUCCUGUCUUCCAUGGGGAAUGAUGAUAAGUCAUCUGUGGCGGGCUCAGAGGAGGCGGAGCCCACCGCCCCACCCAUCAAGCCCAUCAAGCCAAUCACGCGACACCGGACGCUACAGGAACCCCAGGCGAGAAAGGGGCGGCGGUCGCGCCGCUGUGGGCAGUGUCCAGGCUGCCAGGUGCCAGAUGACUGUGGCGUCUGCACCAACUGCCUGGACAAGCCCAAAUUUGGGGGGCGCAACAUCAAGAAGCAGUGCUGCAAGGUGAGGAAGUGUCAGAACUUGCAGUGGAUGCCCUCAAAGGCAUUUCUCCAAAAACAAGCAAAAGCUAAGAAAGACAAGAAGAAAAAUAGGAUUGGUGAAAAAAAGGAGGCACAUCAUUCCAUUAAGAGCCAGCCCUCUGAAAAUGAACCAAAACCAGCCACACCCCCUCAGAGGGAGGAGCCUGCUCGCAAGAAGAGUGAAACCCCACCCCCGAAGCACAACGAGGAGAAACAAAAACAGCAGCAGCACCCUCCCUUGACACCCAGCCCUACCCCAAAGGACACUCCUCAGACUUGCCUAGCUCCAGGGCAAGACUCCAAGCAGCCCUCGGCACCCCCUAGUGCUGCUUCUCGCAAGGAGCGCAAACUGCAGCAGCAGCAGCAGCCCACCCCUCCGUCAUCCUCGCCCCAAGCCACUCCCUCCCAGCCACAGCAGCUCUCACAGCAACAGCAGGCCCAGCAGAGUCAGGCACCUGCAAAAAAGGAGGGGGUCGCAAACCCGCCCUCCGGCGAGUCCAAGAAGAAGCCCCAACAGAAGAGCAUGGUCACACCUGUGACUGAGACGGCUGUGGAAGGCAAACAGAUGAAGAAGCUUCCUACUCGAUGUGCAUUGGCUCCAAAACAGAAACAGAAAGAAAAGGAGAAGUCAGUCCCUUCCAGAACAGAGAGCAGUUCUUUAAACUUGCUCAGCACUCCCUCUAGUGGAGGUAACGGCAAACAGAAGGUGCCCUGUGAUGGAGUGCAUCGUAUCAGAGUGGACUUCAAAGAAGACCAUGACAUACAGAAUGUGUGGGAGAUGGGCGGGCUCAGUGUCCUGACCUCUGUGCCAAUCGCCCCCCGGGUGAUCUGCUUCCUGUGUGCCAGCAGUGGGCAGGUCGAGUUUGUGUUCUGCCAGGUGUGCUGUGAGCCCUUCCAUCUUUUCUGCCUGGAGGAAACAGAGCGUCCCCUGCAGGAACAGUGGGAGAAUUGGUGCUGUCGGCGCUGCCGGUACUGCCAUGUGUGUGGCCGUCAGCACCAGAACACCAAGCAACUGCUGGAAUGUGACAAGUGCCGAAACAGUUAUCACCCCGAGUGCCUGGGACCCAACCACCCCACCAGACCCACCAAGAAGAAGAGAGUCUGGAUCUGCACCAAGUGCGUGCGCUGCAAGAGCUGCGGUGCCACCACCCCGGGGAAGGCCUGGAACGCCCAGUGGUCACAUGACUUCUCCCUGUGUCACGACUGUGCCAAACUCUUUGCUAAAGGUAAUUUCUGCCCACUGUGUGACAAGUGCUACGAUGAUGACGACUACGAGAGCAAGAUGAUGCAGUGCGGGAAGUGCGACCGUUGGGUCCACGCGAAAUGCGAGCACCUGACAGAUGAGAUGUAUGAGAUCCUGUCCAACCUGCCGGAGAGUGUGGCCUACACCUGCACCAACUGUACGGACCGCCCCCCUGCAGAGUGGAGGACUGCUCUGGAGAAGGAGCUGCAGAGCUCUGUGCGACGGGUCCUCACUGCUCUGCUCAACUCCCGCACCUCAACACACCUGCUGCGCUACAGACAGCCUGUGAUGAAGCCCCCGGAGCUGAAUCCAGAGCCAGAGGAGAGCCUGCCCUCCCGACGCUCCCCUGAGGGGCCUGACCCCCCAGUGCUCACUGAGGUUCCCCCAGCCAACGACUCUCCCCUGGAUCUCGAGUCUGUGAAGAGGAAGAUGGACAUGGGUCGAUACAAGGCAGUGCUGGAGUUUAGCGAUGACAUUGUGAAAAUCAUCCAGAACGCCAUCAACUCUGAUGGAGGACAGCCAGAAAACAAGAAGGCCAACAGCAUGGUGAAGUCCUUCUUCAUCCGGCAAAUGGAGCGUGUGUUUCCUUGGUUUAAGGUGAAAGAGUCCAGGUUCUGGGAGCCACACAAAGUCUCUUCCAAUAGUGGGCUCCUUCCCAAUGCAGUGUUACCCCCCUCCCUGGACCACAACUAUGCCCAGUGGCAGGAGAGGGACGAGAUGGCCCGCACUGAGCAGCCGCCCCUGACGAAGAAGAUUAUCCCAGCACCCUGCCCCAAGGCCCCCGGGGAGCCAGACUCCCCCUCCACCUCACCUCCGCCACCCCCACCCCCUGCACAUAUAGACGGGCCAGACCUCGCUCGGGAAGACAGCCCCGAGCUCUUGCCUCCACCGGAUGUGAGUGACAACCGACAGUGUGCCCUGUGCCUGAAGUACGGUGACGACAACACCAACGAUGGCGGGAGGCUCCUUUACAUUGGCCAGAAUGAGUGGACUCAUGUGAAUUGCGCGUUGUGGUCGGCAGAAGUAUUUGAGGACGAUGACGGUGCCCUGAAGAAUGUCCACAUGGCUGUGAUCCGUGGGAGACAGCUGCGCUGUGAGCACUGUCAGAGACCAGGGGCCACCGUGGGCUGCUGCCUCUCCACCUGCACCAGCAAUUACCACUUCAUGUGUGCCCGCAUGCGCCACUGUGUCUUUCUGGAGGACAAGAAGGUGUACUGCCAACGCCACCGGGACCUCAUCAAGGGGGAGGUGGUGUCAGAGUCAGGGUUCGAAGUGACGAGGAGGAUCCUGGUGGACUUUGAAGGGAUCAGUCUGCGGAGGAAGUUUCUUAAUGGCCUGGAGCCUGAGAAUGUCCACAUGAUGAUUGGUUCCAUGACUGUUGACUGCCUUGGAAUCUUGACAGAGCUGUCGGACUGUGAACGCAAACUGUUCCCAAUAGGAUACCAGUGCUCAAGAGUCUACUGGAGCACGCUGGAUGCCCGCAAGCGUUGUGUGUACACCUGCAAGAUCCUUAUGUGUUGCCCUCCGGUAGUGGAGAUGGACAUGAACAGCACAGUGGAGCACGAGGACAACCGCACCAUCGCCCAUAGCCCCCCCUCAUCUUCAGAAAUUGAAAUGUUGUCACCUCCUGGGUCAUUGGAAUCCCCUCCAGUGAGGCCCUUGGACAGCCAGCCCUCCCCUACCAUGCCGAAGCCAAAGGCAGUUAUACGGAGCAGGCACCCCAGCUAUCCCCCAUGCCAGAGGUCACCUGGUUCCAGACCCCUCCCUUCUACAGGAGGGCCUUCCAGCUCACCUCAUGAGAUUGUGACUGUGGGUGACCCACUGCUGACCCCUGGCCUGAGAAGCAUUGGGUCCCGACGGCACAGCACCUCGUCACUCUCUCCUCCCCCACCUAGGGGCCGCUCAGGGGCUUUUUCCCCUGCCUCCCGUGACCUGGCUGCAUGGGACACUGGAGCCAGGGGAGGGGAAGCAAAGCCGAACCCCCUCACCCAACACAAAAACCAGGGUGAUCCUACGGAGAGACGGGCAGAGAGGUCCGCAUCGGGGAGCAUAGAGCCCUCGUCAGUGCAGUCUGCAGGGAGUCAGAUGUCCCCACCGCUGGGCACAGCAGUCCUGUUUGGGCACCAGAGGAGCAGCAGUGCAGUGAAAGCAGAGAAGGGGAAGACAAGCGCCAAGGAGCUCUCUGUAGGCCUCGGCCUGGCAUCACGGCAUUCCAUGUCCACCCUUUCCAAAGAUGCAGGCAGCACCGAGCCAAGGAAGGAGCUUGAUCCAAGCCUGGUGCCUGCCUCCAAAGACACGGCAAAGCCAGGAUCCCCUCAGCCACCACCACACAAAAGUGCAGGGAGGAAGGCCCAUGAUAACCUCUCCAAACAGGCCACUCCUACGGCCAGCAGGGCCCAGUGGGCGUCUGGGGAUGGCGCAAAGCCUGGCUCUCAGGCCAUCAAAGAGACACGCUCCAAAGUCCGAAUGGUGGGCAGCAGGGAAACCAUGAAAGAGAGGGGGGAGACCUCUCAAAACAGCGUCACACACUCAGGCACACUCGACGACGACCAUAAAACUCGUGGAACACUUGAGCUGGUGGAGUGUGGCCAGGCCAGGGACACACCUCUGAAAGCCAGGGAGAGAUUCUCCAGCCCUGAGAGGAAAAACAGUGGCGUGCCAGAGGGGAUGCAUUCCAGGCUUGGCUCUGUGAGAAGUCAGCGGUCAUUACAGGGCUCCACUGAAAUGACAAGGAAAGAUGCAUCACCAAGGGACAAGAAGCGCACUGUCAAAGUGACCUUAACACCCCUAAAAAUGGAAUCAAAUGGGACAAAAACAACCAGCACUUCCUCUGGCACGGUCACAACGACCUCACUAUCCUCUGCCAGCCAGGGCUCCCAGAAGAGACCCUCCCACUCCCUGAUUUUCCCCCCCUGUGGGAUUUGGGACAGUUCUGAGUCUGACUCACAACUCAACCUGGAGAAUCCAGAGAAGCGCCUAUUUGUCCAUCAUUCUGCUGGAGAAGUGGCGGAUGGAGCUGGCGAGGGAGAGGAUCGCCCUCUGGAGGAAGACAGCAGCACAGAAAAGCACCAUGAAGAUGACAGUGACAGCGCAGGGUCAGCCAAGCGGCGGUACCCUCGGCGCAGUGCCCGGGCCCGGUCCAACAUGUUCUUCGGCCUGACACCCUUCUAUGGCGUGCGUUCCUACGGGGAGGAGGACCUGCCCUUCUGCACCACAGGGGAGGGCUCAGGGAAGAGGCGGACAGGGGGUGGGGCCGGCAAGCGCUCCGCCCAGGGUCAGGUGGAUGGAGCAGAUGAUGUCAGCACCUCCUCCUCGGGGGAGAGUGGUGAGGAUGAGGAGGGCGGGGUCGGCCAGCGCAAUGAGGACACGUACUACUACAAUUUCACCCGCACCAUUGUCAGCCAGAGCAGCGGGGUCUCGCCUGUGGGAGGGAUGCAGAGGUGCAUCAUGGGAAGAGGCUCCCAGCUGCACAGAUUCUUGAAAGAGGAGAGGAGAGAUGAGGACAGGGCAGCCAGAGAUGGAGUAGGGGCCGCCCAGCGGGGCUUGGGGCGGCCGAGGAUCGGGCAGCUGGACGGGGUGGAUGAUGACUCUGAGAGUGACACCAGCGUCAGCGCUGCCACCACCACCUCCACCUCCACAUCCACCUCCACCCCCAACAAGAGCGCCGGCAAGAGGAAGGCCAGGGAGGCACGCGCGGACAAGCUGGACCUGGACUCGGGAAAGGACUCCGAGACCAACAGUGGUGGGGGCGGGGGCAGCAACAGCCGUGAAGGCAGAAAAGGCCAGAAGGAGAACAGCCUGCCUUUGGGUGGGGUGAAAACGCAAGGACAGGACCCCUUGGAGGCCCAGCUGUCCCUCAACACUGACCUCCUCAAGUCUGACUCUGACAACACCAACAGUGACGAUUGUGGCAACAUUCUCCCGUCCGACAUCAUGGAGUUUGUCCUCAACACGCCCUCCAUGCAGGCCCUCGGGCAACAGCCGGAGGCCUCCUCAUCUGAGCUCCUGUCCCUGGAGGAGGGCUUUGGGCUGGACGCAAACCGUGGGAAGGACAUUAGCCUCUUUGAAGAUUUCUCCCAGCCUUUGCCAAGCACAGAGCCGGUGGAGAGCAGCGUGAACGCGUCUAUCUCAGGGGAGGAGUCGUAUGGCCUCCCUCUGGAGCUGCCCUCUGACCUGUCUGUGCUUACCACCCGCAGCCCUUCGGUGACCAGUCAGAACCAUAGCGCUCUUAUUCCCGAUCCUCCGGAACGCCCCAUCCUAUCCCUGCCCCCCAGUGACUCCACUGUGGAGAAAGGAGUGGAGAAGCAGAGGGGUGGGGCUGGUAUUUCCACAGAGACCCAACAGGGAGCGACGAGGGGCGGAGACUCCCAGGUGACGGAAGGUCACAUAACACCGGAGCAUUUCAUGCCAGGCCAUAUGGAGGCCGACCAUAUGACCAGCCCUCCCAUUGGUCAGGCAGUGGAACCAGGCGGCCAAGAUUUGGCUCGAACCUCUGGGACGCCAGGGCUGCCGGGAUCCCCGUCGGUCCCUCUCCAGGGGCAGAAGUACCUGGCCGUGUCUGCAGAGAACUCGGGCCAAGCCCAGGUGGCCAGCACUGCGGUCCAGACCACCACCACCCAUCUGAAACCGGGCACCGAGAAGCUCAUCGUUGUGAACCAGCACAUGCAGCCCCUGUACGUGCUGCAGACCCUCCCCAAUGGUGUCACUCAGAAGAUCCAGAUCGGUCCCUCGGUCACUGCCACUGGCGCCAUGGACAGCAGCUCUAUGGGGCUGGCCACAGGCCUCAGCACUGGGGUACCAGCCUCCCAGGCCAUUUUCCCUCCUGGUGGCAAAGGCCUGGUUGCCAUGUCUCACCACCCUCAGAUCCAUGCGUUUUCUGGAGCCACGCAGCCCGGUUUCCAGUCUGGCAUUCCCAGCACUACCUCCGGACUCCUCAUCGGUGUACACUCCCAGGACUCCCCAAUCGUGGUGUCCGAAGCUGGCCACCGUCCCGAGCUGGCGCCCAGUGCCGCUGUUGUUUCCAGCGCCUCAUCUGCUCUCCCCUCCCCAACUGCUCCUGCCCCUGGGCAGGGGAAGAAGCGGCCCAUCUCUCGGCUACAGCCGCGCAAGGCCAAGAAGCUGGCCCGGUCUGGGGGCCAGCCUGCGCUGACCCCCACGGAGGUGGCGUCCAACAUGACCCUCAUUAACUUCUCGCCAUCCCAGAUCCAUGCAAGCAUCCCAGCACAGUCUGGCCUGGUUGAGUUGGGAGCCUUGGCCUCUGCAAGCACUGCACCUCAGAGGAAGGUCCCCAACAUCAUCAAACGGCCCAAACCAGGCGUGGUGUACUUUGAUCCCGCCCCCAUCCAGGCGCGGUCAGCCCCGUCUGUGCAAGCGGGCGUCCUGGGCCAGGAGUCACCCAAGCACCUGGUUCCAUGCACCGUGGCGGGGCUCAACCCCAGCCAGUCGCUGCUGAACGUGGUCCCCGUGCCUGCAGGGGGGCCCAGCGGUCUCCUGGGGGCGGGGGCGGUGUCCCUGGGCUCCCCAGCAGGCCUUCUGGGCCCUGCUGACAUUGCGAGUUCGAUCAGCGGCCUGCUCCUCAAGGCCGGCCAGCAGAGCCUGGCCCUGCCCGAGCAGCAGGUGCUCCUGCAGGCUGGGGCUCCCAUCAUUUCGCAGCUGAGCGUCCCUGCCCAUGCCGCCCCCAACACCAGCGGUAUCUGUGUGCUACCCCCGGGCCAGACCAUCAGCAUGUCAGUCAGCCAGCUCCAGCAGCGGCAGGCCACUCAGGCACCCGCGGACAAAGCCCAAACCCCGGACCACGCCACCGACACCCCCAGCCCAGUGGUCCUCGCUCCGGGUUCUGCAGGACAGGACAGGAGCAGGUCGCACCCGGUGGGCAUCCUGGCCCAAAGCUCUCACAGUAAGCCUGUUUCCUGGGGUUUGGACCUGCAGCCAGUGGCUAGAGCUGGUGACCUGGCCUCAGUCCCAGUCAGGGGGAAGGCUAAGCGGACUCAGCAUAGCCCAGACAAGACCAGUGGGAAGAAACACAAGGUCCGGCAUUCACACAGCCCCCAGGAUACUCGGGACAAGCAGGGAGAGCCUCUCGUCUGUGCCCGAACGUGCUCUUCCCCUGGGGUCAAGGAAGUGGUGUCUCCCGAGCUCAUGGAUAUGGAGCAGCGGAGCGAGAGGGAGCAGAGGACGGGCAUGACCCCUGGAGCUGAGCCCCCUCCUCUGACCUCAGUGGGCACAGAGUCCAAACCCAAAGCCUCAGGGGCUGCGGUCGGCGAGGCAGGACCAGUGGACCCCAGGAAGGGCCCCUCUCUGGACAGAGAGCCCAAGCGGGGGCUGGUGUUUGAGAUCUGCAGCGAUGAUGGCUUCCAGAUUCGCAGUGAGAGCAUUGAAGAAGCCUGGAAGUCUCUGACGGAUAAGGUCCAGGAAGCACGCUCCAACGCCAGGCUCAAGGAGCUUUCCUUCGAAGGAGUCAGCGGGCUACGGAUGCUCGGUGUGAUCCAUGACGCCGUGGUCUUUCUCCUGGAGCAGUUGCAUGGUGCGCGGCACUGCCCAAACUACCGCUUCCGCUUCCACAAGCCCGAGCAGGCCGAGGAGCCGCCCAUCAACCCUCAUGGCGCCGCCCGCGCUGAGCUGCACCACAGGCGAUCAGUGUUUGAUAUGUUCAACUUCCUGGCGUCCAAACACAGACAGCCUCCUGAAUACAACCCUCACGAUGAGGAGGAGGAAGAGGUACAGCUGAAGUCUGCACGGCGUGCCACCAGCAUGGAUCUGCCUAUGCCUAUGCGCUUUAGACACCUGAAAAAGGCUUCCAAGGAGGCAGUGGGGGUGUACAGGUCGGCCAUCCACGGGCGCGGUCUGUUCUGUAAGAGGAACAUCGACGCAGGGGAAAUGGUGAUUGAGUACUCCGGCAACGUCAUCCGCUCCAUCCUCACCGACAAGCGGGAGAAGUACUACGAUGGCAAGGGUAUCGGCUGCUACAUGUUCCGCAUUGAUGACUACGAGGUAGUGGAUGCCACGAUGCAUGGCAAUGCGGCACGCUUCAUCAACCACUCGUGCGAGCCCAACUGCUACUCACGCGUCAUCAAUGUGGAGGGCCAGAAGCACAUCGUCAUCUUCGCCAUGCGCAAGAUCUACAGGGGGGAGGAGCUCACCUACGACUACAAGUUCCCCAUCGAGGCUCAGAGCAACAAGCUCCCCUGCAACUGUGGAACCAAAAAGUGCCGCAAGUUCCUCAACUAGCGCCUCCCCUCCCACGCCUCCCCCACGUGGUCCUCUGACGUUCACCUGAUAUGCCCUCAUGACCUUCUCACUAGAGUUUUGUCAAAGGAAAUGGUUAUUGUGAUGCUGUCCUGGGACAUGCUCCUAUGAUUGAGUGUGGUGGAAAUCAUUACCACAAGGGGUGGCUUUAGUUGGAAGGCAUAGAGGUAGGAGGGUCCAAGGUGUUUGCACUAGGAGAAGGUCUCUGGUUUCACAAAGGGUGUGUGAGAAAGGAAGCAAAUUUUAUUAUUGUGCCUCAUGUUUUUUUUUUCUGUCUAUCCAGAUAGCUAAAAUUAUGUUGGGUUGAAAGAAGUCCAAAAAAAGAACUUACAACAACAUGAAAAGUUUGUAUCCCAGUCAAACUGGCCUUUUAAAAUCCUCUUCUGUGAUGCUUUGGGGUUUUAUUUUCCAGUCUGGUUGUUAAAUAAAAUGAGCAAAAGUCAAACCCCUUUUCAAAAGAGGAUUUUAGCGUUCCAGUUAAUAAUGUGGUGUACACAUGAUUCCUUGACUACUGAACAAGAAAGGUAUACCAAGAUCAGUCAUCUGUUCCAAAUGCUUUUUGGAACAGUUAUUAAGCAAACACAAAACAUGCCUGUGUUUCAAUAUCUGAAGUGAAAAUCUUUUUUCUUUACAGUUUUUACACCAAAGUGCAAUUUGUAGAAGGGAAAUAUGAGAAAUCUUAUUUUAGGGCAAAAGAGUGGGUACAUAAAAGUAAGACCUAUUUGGUUUGACCAAUCAGAGCCUUUGCUUCCCUGUCAACCUCGACCCUUCCGAAGCACCUCUGUGUUUGAAUGUACAUCGAGGCCUACAGAAAAAGAGCCAUGCCGGGUCUGUUUUCAUAAACUUCCAUAACCGUGUAUCAAAUACUCUGUAAAUAUGUGUCCUAGUGUGACUGACAGACAAGUCUGGAGCAGUAUGCAUUUUUUGACACUAGAGGGAGUGUCAGUCCAAGCUGCAGCCUUACUUAAAGAAGUGGUCUACGUUCGCCUAAAAUGUCAUACUGUUGUUGAUGGUGAUAAACUGCCUUGCAUGUGCUAUAAUGGCUGGCCCUUGAUGACAGGAGAUACUGGUGGAAUUGACAGCUUUGGGACAGGGCUGUUAUUUAUUUAUCUUUUUUUUCAGUGGUUGUCGCUUUAUGAACUCUUAAUUUGACAUAAGAACAAACAUGGUAACAAAGCCAGUGGACUCACAUCUGUCUCUUAAUUCUUUGUAUCUGCUGUGCAGACAGAGAGCAGACAGCAGGACACAUACUCUUAAAUACACAUAUUAGAAAGUCUGUCUGUCUGUUUGUCUGAAACCAGAGUUAAGAAUUUUACCCUGUUGUACCUGCAGCAAGGAAAACCAACUUGGUACCAGAAAAAUUUGUUACUGGUGUUUCCUUUCACAGUGCACCAUAUGCAAAGACAAACUCUCCAUAUUUUAUAUUUGUCAAAUAUGAGUCAUUGAGAUUUGAUCCCUGAUUUCAACUGUUCAAAA